CAAAGCGCAUGCGUGUCAGGUGAGAGUUAAUCUUUGCUUAUUUGUGUAUUGUCUUGUAUUGAGUGGUAUAUGAUAGCUAGUCGGAACAUCAAAGACAGAGAACAUGAGAUCGAAGUCCAAAGCAAGAAAACUAACACACGGAGAACCUGAAGAAAAUGUCGAAUCCGAUAUAGAAUUAGACUGCAACAGUGAAACCAGUGAACAAUUAAUGGAUCUGACGUCGUCAAAACCUGAACUAACGCUCGCGAUGGAUAAACCCGAAUUUCCAACUGACAUUGAAAUUAAGCCUGUUCCCGGAUCUGGUACUUGUUCGGUUUUUACUAAAAUCGUUGUCUCAAGUGGCAGAAUAUAUGGUCCCAAAAAAUUCGUGAAGCCAGAGAGCCUUCCAGGGGGUUCAAGUAUGACAAUGAAAGAACACGAUGGAGAACUACACUGGCUGAACUAUAUUCGGAGGUCCACAGACUCUGAAAACUCCAACAUGAUGGCCAAACAUAUAAAUGGCAAGGUAUUUUAUAAAGUUAUAAAGGACAUUGAAGCCGGUCAAGAGAUGUUGUUAUAUUCAACUGACCCUGUGUAUUCGGAAAAACAGACAGAGGGAUUUUCAGCCUUUGAAAACGAGAUAGCAAAAUAUCCUUGUGGAGAUUGUAGUGCGAUCCUUACCUCACGAGAAGAGUUGAAAAGACACCAAGCAUUUUCUUGUACCAGACACAUGAUACCGACCAAUGGACAAGGAUCUUCUGAUGAAGAGGGCAAAAGUAACAGUGCAGACUAUAUGGAAAGUGGAGAAGGGGACUAUCGAUGUGAUGAAUGUCCACAAUCAUUCCAGUGGAAGUCCAAUCUAUUAAAGCAUCAGGCAGCUCAUGAUGCUAUGAAGCGAUACUCGUGUGAAAACUGUAAUAAAAUUUUCACAGACCCAAGCAAUCUUCAACGUCACAUCCGGUCACAACAUGUCGGUGCCAGAAGUCACACCUGUACUGAAUGUGGAAAGACAUUUGCGACAUCUAGUGGUCUUAAACAACACCAACACAUCCACAGCAGUAUUAAACCAUUCCAAUGCGAAGUCUGUCUCAAAGCAUAUACCCAGUUUUCAAAUUUAUGUCGCCAUAAAAGAAUGCAUGCUGAUUGUCGCCAGCAAAUCAAGUGCAAAGAUUGCGGUCAGGCAUUUUCAACUAUGACAUCCUUGAGCAAGCACAAACGAUUUUGCGAAGGUGCUUUACGUAACGGGCUCCAUUUAGGAUUUUCACCGGAAAAAAUGAACACUAUUAAUCUCCACCAAACGACAUCACAAGCUGGAGUUCUGAACCCUCUUUUUUCAAUGUACCGUCCACCAUACCCAUUUUAUCCGCCAUUAGGAGGUACGUUUCCAAUGUUUCCAGGCAGCACUCCAUUCCCAGGCAUGCCAUCAUCGCUAACACCGUCUUCUCUUGCAAAGAUGCGACAAGCAGGUUCUCCAGAUCAGUCAUCUGUGACAUCAUACGAAUCACAUAUGCACAAUGAGAAUGAUCAGCCACCGGAGAAAAGAAUGAGAAGAAAUUCAUCGGGUUCAGAACAUAGCGAUUUGAGUUUUAGUUCUCAUAAUGACAGGGAUUCUGGGUCGGGAUCAGAUGCCGAAAGCGAAAGUAGUGUUAGCAAAAAACAGGACAUUCCGCAUUCUCCGUUUGAAUCCAUUAGCCGAACAUUGUUUCAGCCUCAAAUAGUUAUACCAAAACCAAUUUCACCACAAAGAGAAUUGAACAUCAGACCAAAACUUGAACAAGAGACCCCAUUCGAUUUAUCAAAGCCAGGUUCGGCUUCAUCAUCACCUGUAUCUGUAAGUUCAGAUCGAGAAAGUACAAAAAAUCCAUCAGAACAACCACUUGACUUAACAAGGAAAUCGACAAAAGAAAUAGCACAACCCGAGAAUUCCCGAAAGACUCAUAUAUUCGGUGAUUUGCGUAGUAUCAGUUUACCAGAUAACAAACUACAUUAUGCAUACCCUCAAAUACCUAACCCAAUGAUGUUUGAGCAUGCGCUGAGAAUGGACAAUGAUCAUAUGAAAGCAGCAUCUAAACUAUUGUCAAUGCCCAGAUUUCCAAUCACCAACACAUCCUUCCCAGGAUUCAAUCCGUUUGUACAGAAUAUGUUCAAGCAAGAUUCAGCUGCUUUUCCAAUGCCUCAUGGACUUAAAAUGGACAAACUAGGAGAGCAGUUUCGCUACACUUCACCCAUUAAUAAACUUAAAGAACGAUAUUCAUGUAAAUUUUGCGGAAAAGUUUUUCCUCGCUCUGCCAAUCUCACCCGUCACUUGAGAACUCAUACGGGUGAACAGCCGUACAAAUGUAAAUAUUGUGAAAGGUCCUUCAGCAUUUCAUCCAACCUCCAGAGACACGUUAGAAACAUUCAUAAUAAAGAGAAACCAUUCAAAUGCCCAUUGUGUGAGAGAUGUUUCGGUCAACAGACGAACUUAGACCGCCAUCUGAAAAAACACGAAACAGACGGACCAAUUGUCGCUGAUUCACCGGUCAAUGAACCCGAUUUGGAUGAAAAAGAUGAAUCAUACUUUUCUGAAAUCAGAAACUUUAUCGGAAAGGCGACAAAUAUUCCCCAUCCACAUUCCGCAUUUCAUUCCGAUAUGAAGACGGACUACCCGAUAGAUCAUCUUGACGAUAGAACUGAGGAGAAAAUUGACGGUAGUAUCGAUGGUGAAAUUGACGAAGAUGACGUCGAUGAAAAUAUUGACUGUUCAGAAGAUGAAUUACUAGAUGAAGAAGAAGAUGAACAACAAGAAUCGCUGUUCUUAAAGGGAGAGAACUGUCUCGUUAACAACAAUAAUGUUGAUAAAACUGUGGCCGAACCGUUCAGUGGUGUCAUUAAGACUGAAGAUCAAAAUGAACUUGAACAAGACUGUAGGCCACUUGUAUAUUAGUUAUUGUAAUAUCAAUCUAGAUAUGUUUGCAUUUAUUUUAUUGGGAGUAGAUUGUGUUCGUUAUCGAUUUAUGCAUUUUUCCAAUGAUACCAUUUUUUUAAAAAUUUUAUUUUAAAAGAUAAGGGCACGGAACAAAUACAUCAUAUAUUUUUCUUCUAAGCUGGAAAUACUUUUCAUUUUACAUAUAUUUUGUCGGUUAUUUUAUCCUGAUUUUUGUUUAUGCUUUAUUUAUUUAUAUGCUUUAUAAUUUUCUGUAUACCAACAACCAAAAGCCAAAUGGUGCUAUGAUGUUUUUGUAUAUUUUUGUUUGAAGUGCUACCUUUACCAUUAUUUGUUUUCCCUUUUUUUAUUGACAAUCGCUUCAUUUUUUAUAUCAAAUUAUUCCUAUAUAAGGCUUUAUUGAUCAUUUUCAUUCUUCAUUUUGUAAAUUGAAUGCGCAUUUAUUUAUUGAACAAUCACUGCCAAUUUCAUUUCCAACAUCACGUCACGUGAUUGUCACAUGUUUGAAAACCACACACAAGCGUUUGCUGUGAUAAAUUAUUAUACAUCUGUCUUGAGAAAAUAUUGUGAAAUAAAAGAAAUAUUAAAAUAUUA